CUUCUUUUUCCAUUCCAUGUUUUAAAAUCAAGAACAGAAGAAGCUGAUCAAUUAAUUUAGAGCCUGCUUGUAUGACCUCAGUCAUGCACGCUUUUUCAUUGAUGGCAAUCCGAGGUGUGUUGUGUGCCUAACAAUAGGUAAAGCAAGGACAGUGUUUUCAAAUGUGAGGAUAGUACACAAGGUUCUAUCCUCCCAAAGUAAGGUCAAUCCUCAUGACAAGACAACAUGGAGGAGGGGAAAGCAAAAGGUUUCCAAAAGGGCUCUUAACAAGAGAGAAAUGGUCUUAUGUGACAUAUCCAUUGGCCUACACUGCUUGACAAAAGGGAAUUACCUUUUCUUAUUUUUCCUUUUACUUUGUGGCCUUGAGAGCAACGACCAUUUCCUUUAUAACUGCCAAUAUUUAACUAGCGCCAAAAGCUUGUUAUCUUCGCUAUCAAAAAAGACCACCUAUCUCUAUCACAUAAUUUACGUUGUUGAUUUCUGUAUAAUCUAUGCCUAUGUGAUUCUAAGAGUAAGAGAUGGAAGAAGAGAAAUAUGUUCCGGCAAGUUCUAUGCGGUACAGUGCACGAAUCAUGUCGCCAGAAAUCGUAGAGAUAGGGGAUGAUAGCAAGACUAUUACUAACAGCAUAGAUGGAAUCAGUGAUGAUGUUUAUGUAGCUGUUGGUAAAAAUGACACAGAUGUACUGAAGUGGGCUCUAGAUCAUGCUGUUUUACCUGGAGCUCAAGUUUUUCUAGUCCAUGUUUUUCCUCCUCUGACAUAUAUCCCUACACCAGUUGGAAGGUUAUCAAGGAGCCAAUUAAGUCAAGAUCAAGUGAGAUUUUACAUUAAUGAAGAGAAUAACAGGAGGAGGAACCAGCUGCAAAAAUACAUUCGCCUGUGUGCCAAUGCCAAGGUGACAGUAGAUACAAUGCUGCUGGAGAGCAAUCUGACUGCCAAAACUAUUCUAGAACUCAUUCCUGUUCUCAACAUCACCCACCUUGUCAUGGGAAACAAACGCCUACCUUGCUCAAGGCUGCUAAGGAAAAAGUUGGGAAAGGGAGAAUUCGUGAAGAAGAAAGCUCCAGACUAUUGUGAGGUUAGUAUUAUUCAUAAUGGAAAGAAGAUCAUGGAUGGUAAGAAUGGGAUAGAGCCAGUGUCAUCCUGUGCCCAAAGACCAGAUGUUAUCCGCAGCUCUGCUUACAAGUUUUUCAACCUUCCAUGUUUCCCAGCUUGUAGGAACAUGGAGAUAGAUUCUUAAGAUCUUAUCCCAAACAGAAGAAGAAGAAGAAGAAGAAGAAACAGCCGGCAAUACUGGAAAGACCAGCAGGAGCAACCCAAAAACUCUCAAAUACAAGGUGGAAGCUGAAGGAAACAGACUCCCGGUGGCUACCAUUUUUUUGAAGACUACAACUAACACUAUAUCAAUUUCCGUGUUUGUACUAAAAAAUAUAUUAAAUACAAAGAUGUAAUGUAAAUCAAACCAAUGAAUGGAAGUCGAAAUCCUCAUAUAUAUAUAUAUAUAUAUAUAUAUAUAUGAUUCCCUUC